AUGGAUAGCGGAGAGCCCGAGGCAGAGCCCCUGGGCUCUGCGGAACCUGCGUCUGUGCGAGCUCUAGAGCCUGCGAUCUCUGACUUCAAGCGCAACUGGACCGACAUCACGAUCCUUGCUCUGGUGCGCGCGUGGCGCGCUGUGUACAGAAGUGGUCGAGCCAAGGAUGAGAAGACGACGAUGUUUAACGAGCGCAUUUUCGUUGCUUACCAAGCUGCCGUCCCGUCGACUCAGCGUUCAAAGAAGGCAAUAGAAGAUAAACUCCAAGGACUGCGUGAGAUGUAUCGUUUCAUCAGUGAUGUAAACGCAAACAGAGUGCAAGGCAGCACUGGGAAGGCUGAGUGGUUCGAUCUCUCCAAGCAAGAUAAGAAAGAGCUAAGCAAUCUCCGUGUCCAAAUCGACCCCCCGGAGCAAAAUGUGCCACCUACAUUUGAGCUGUCCAAACGCACAUUCUACACGGUAACGUGCGCGAGUAAGAUGCUCGUUGAGGUCUUUGCAAAGUUCAUCUUCUGUCUCCGCCAGCUCAAAUGUUGUCACUAA